AUGCAGCAGCUGCCAGCCCCUCACCUGGGCGUCCCCUUUGACUCUGAGAAGACGACCACCGGUAUGCUCACCAGGAGACUCUACCUGUUGAACAGCACCCAUUCCUAUUUGCCCACCUUCUUCCUGCUGGGUGUCCCUGGGCUACAAUCCUUUCACGCCUGGCUCUCGGUCCCCUUCUGCCUGGGGUACCUCAUCGCCCUGCUGGGGAACUCCACCAUCCUCUUCAUUGUGAAGACAGAGGCCAGCCUUCACCAGCCCAUGUUCUACUUCCUCUCGGUGCUCUCGGCCAUCGACCUGGGCCUCUCCACGUCCACCCUGCCCAAGAUGCUGGCCAUCUUCUGGUUUGGUCUCGGGGAGAUCAGCUUUGGGGCCUGCCUGACCCAGAUGUUCUUCAUCCACACCUUCACGGGCAUGGAGUCCGUUGUGCUGACCUGUAUGGCCUUUGACAGAUACGUGGCCAUCUGUCACCCCUUGAGGUAUGCCAUGAUCUUGACCAAGAGCCGUGUAGCCUGGCUGUGUUCCAUAGUGGUGCUGAGAACGUUUAUCCUCGUAUUUCCCAUUGCUAUGCUUACUCUGCGCUUGCCUUUCUGUAGUCCUCGGAUCAUUAUUUCCCACACGUACUGUGAGCACAUGGGCAUUGCCAAGCUGGCCUGUGCCGACAUCAGGAUCAAUAUGAUUUAUGGCUUGUUUACUAUUACCUUCCUCAUGUUGGAUGUGGUCCUGAUUCUUUUGUCUUACGUGCAAAUCCUACGUGCCGUUUUCCGGCUGCCCUCCAAGGAGGCCCGGCUGAAGUCCCUGGGCACCUGCAGCUCCCACGUGGCCGUGAUUUUUGUGUUCUACACCCCAGCCUUCUUCUCCUUCCUCACCCACCGCUUUGGACAAAACAUCCCACAUUAUGCCCACAUACUCAUAGCCAAUCUCUACGUGAUCCUGCCCCCAGUGCUCAACCCGGUCAUUUAUGGGGUGAGGACCAGAGAGAUCCGCAGGAGAAUAGCCCAAGCUUUAUGGCACAAAGGGCGCGGUUCUUUCUAG